GAGACUUCCAUAAGAUGGCGAUGCAGCAUAUAUUGUUUCAAAAACAUUAAACUAUAAUUUGUGAUUGUUUAUGAUUGUUUACUAACACGUUUAUUAAAUUUUUACGAUUUUAAGAUGUCUACUAGCAAUUUAAUAAAUUGUGCUGCAUCUUUGUUUCGUUUCCAGCAGAUUGCAGUUCGGUGUCCAAAGAUUAAUCUGAAGGUCAGAAGUCUACAUGAUGUGCCCGAAUUCAGAAGUGUUUAUAGUUUGGAUAAAAUUUAUCCAAAAAGCGAUUUAAAUAGUCUUAAAAAUGUCGAGGCACCUAAGCUGUCUGAAAAAUUUACUGGUUAUAUUCCCAUGGAUAAGCUGACAAUAACAAGAGUGAGAGCGAGUAAACCAGGUGGACAGAAUGUUAAUAAAAAGAAUACCAAAGUUACCAUAUCAUUUAAAUUAUCUGAAGCAGAUUGGAUUCCGAAUCCAGUUAGAGAAAAAUUAGCAUUACUGCACAAAAAUACAAUAAACAAAGAAGGCGAAUGGAUAAUAAGAUCAGAGAAAACAAGAACCAGUGCUCUCAAUUUAGCUGAUUGUCUGGAUAAAUUAAGAGUUUAUAUUACAGAAGCUGAAGAAUCUCUUCCCGUUCCUGUGGACCCGAUCACAUUAGAGAUGAGAAGAGCAAGAUAUGAAAAAGCUGCACAAGAAAGAUUGAAACAAAAACGACAUCGAUCAAUGGUUAAUCGAAUGAAAACUUAUGCUUAUCAUGCCGAUGAAUAAAAUAGUCAAGGUUUAACCGAAUUUUUUUAUGAACAAAACUAGUUUAAGAAGUCAUUGUAAUUAACAGGAUAAAAAAGAAAGAAACAAAGUUAAACAAUAAUUGAUGCAACAAAAUUUCAAUCACUGAAUAAAAUGACAUCUUUGAAAUGAA